AUGUACUAUAAAUUAUAUAGAUUUUAUAAUAUUAAUAUUCCUUUUGCUAAAGAAGGUUCAAAAAAUAUUAGUAAAAAAUCAGCAAUUCAAGAUUAUGUUAAUAGUAAUAGUCAUAAAGAAGCUUUAAAAAAAGAAAAGGCUAGACUUUUAAUGAUUAAAGCUACUUCAAAUACA